CCCAGACCCCCCGUUUGUUUCCCGAUAAAAUAAAAUAGUAAUAAUAAUAAUAAUAAUCUUACCACCUCCACCAUGGCGGUUCGAGCCACCGUGUCUCGAUUCCCGAAGAACGAAGACGAGCUGGAAUCAUCGGGGCUACCAUGGGGAGUAACAGUAACGCCGUUUGCGUCCAAAGACGAGAACGGACUGUCUCCUGUGUACGGAUUGGACGGCGAUUUGUUACCUCGCUGCGAGAACUGCUACGCUUACUUCAACACCUACUGUGAGCUUGAUCAGUGGGCAUGGAAUUGUAGUCUAUGUGGCACUCUCAAUGGACUCACCUCUCAAGCAAUCGCGCGUUACUCGCAUCCCCGGUCUUGUGCGGAGACGAUGUCUUCUUUUAUCGAUCUCGAGUUGUCUAUGGAGGGAUCAGAGGAAGAAAUGAUGCAAGCGCGUCCGGUUUAUGUUGCGGCGGUUGACUUGUCGUCUUCAGAAGAAUUUUUGGAGCUCACUAAAAGUGCAUUGCAAGCAGCCUUGGAAGCUCUUGCUCCGGGUUCUUUAUUUGGACUUGCUACCUUUAGCCACAAAAUGGGGUUGUAUGAUGUUCAAGGGCCUAUUCCAGUUGUAAAGAAUGUUUUUAUCUCUCCUGAUACAGAAGGAACCCUACCGAUCGAGCUCGAAGAUGUCAUGCCUUUGUUACAAUUCUUGGCUCCUGUGGAAACUUGUAAAGACCGUAUUACAGCUGCGCUUGACACACUCAGGCCAACAACCUCGUGGGAGAGAACCACAGGUGCAGGGCAAGGACUAGAAGGUGUUCUAAUGGGCGGGCGAGGUUUUGGUGUGGCAAUGGAAGCCCUGGUUAAGUACAUUGGAUCAGAAUAUGGAAAUACAUUUGCUUUAGCAAGAGUUUUUGCCUUUAUGUCUGGUCCUCCUGAUUAUGGAGCUGGGCAAUUAGAUACAAGAAGGUAUGGUGAACAAUAUGCUAGUAAAGGAGAGGAUGCAGACAGGGCUUUGCUUCCAGAGCAGACUCCAUUUUAUAAAGAUCUGGCUGUUGUUGCUGUUCAAGCAGGUGUUUGUGUGGACAUAUUUGCUGUCACAAAUGAGUACACGGAUCUGGCAUCCCUCAAGUUUCUUAGUAUUGAAAGUGGAGGCUCAUUGUUUCUCUAUUCAAGCACUGAUGACUCAACGCUUCCUCAGGAUAUGUAUCGGAUGCUUAGUCGACCGUAUGCUUUUGGUUGCAUAUUGCGAUUGAGGACAUCUUCUGAAUUCAAACCUGGUCAUUCUUAUGGUCAUUUCUUCCCAGAUCCACACUACGAGAAUGUUCAACACAUUAUUUGCUGCGAUUCUUUUGCAACAUAUGCUUAUGACUUUGAUUUUACGAGCACAACUGGGUUUUCCAGAUAUGCAUCUGAACAACCUGUACUACAGAUUGCAUUUCAGUACACAGUUGUGGUGCCUCCUGAGGAGCUCUCAGCUUCAAGAUUGGUUUCUGCUAGUAGAGGCAAGCAUUUACUUAAACGCCGAUUAAGAAUCAGAACUUUGCAAUUUGGUACUGCUAGAAAUAUGAAUGAACUUUAUGACAGUGUUGAUCCUGAAGCUGUUCUAUCAAUACUUGUUCACAAGGUUAUAUUAGCCUCAUCGGAGCAAGGAGUCCAGGAGGGCAGGAUGUUGCUUCAUGAUUGGCUUGUAAUCCUCACUGCCCAGUAUAAUGAUGCCUCUAAAAUUGUUCAGUUUAAGAAUGGUGGUUCAAUAGCUUCCCAGAUAGAUGUUGCAUUCUCACAAUGCCCACAACUGCAGCCCUUGCCUCGCCUAGUUUUUGCUUUGCUUCGAAAUCCUCUUCUUCAGUUCCAUGAAGAAGGUGUUCAUCCUGACUACCGGAUAUACCUCCAAUGCCUUUGCAGUGCACUGGAACCAGGUUCCCUUCAUCGAGUUAUAUAUCCAGUAUUGAUGUCAUAUUCUACACCAGAUAAACAAGCGUAUCCACGCCACUCUUUGAGUCGUGCUGCGCUGAUUACCAGUGGUAGUCCAAUAUUUUUCCUUGAUGCAUUUACAACUCUAAUUGUGUUCUAUUCUUCUACGGCAGACCCCACACUUCCUUUUCCUCCACCCCAAGAUUGUUUAUUGAGGAGUACAAUUAACAAACUGAAGCAAGAAAGGAGUAUCACUCCAAAAUUAAUUUUUAUCCGGGGAGGGCAGGAUGACGCGUCUGCCUUUGAGAACUACCUCAUUGAAGAACAGGAUGUUGAUGGUAGUGGCUUUACUAGUGUCAUGGGUUUUGUGUCUUUCCUUGAAGACGUUACCCAAAGUGUGAUGGAAUACAUGAAAUAGAAGACCAGACAGGAACCUGCGCAUAAUUCACCAAGCACAGGAAAAGGCACGUCAACACAUUCAUUGAUGAAAUGUGCAUGUUCAUACAAUCUGCUUGCAGUUUCAGAACUCGGUUUGCCAAUCAAGAUUUGAAAGCUCUGUAUCGCCAUGGAAUCAAAGCAUCAGAUUGUUGAUUAUCAAUUUGCCUACAUUAACCAGUUGGAAGUUCCAUUGUCAAACUUUGGAACACACUCAUCAUCUCUGUAAUUCAAAAUUGCAAUCAUGGGAGAUCUGCCCUCCAUCUUGAUUAGAAUACGAAUAGAGGUUAAUCAAAUUGUACUGCGAGUUGCUUUCUUCGAGGGGGUUUUUUUUAUUAGUAUUAUUUUUCCCCCUGUUGUGUGGGGAACAAAUCAUUCAAUUACAUUGAGAAGCAAUAGAUGCAUCAUAAUACUUCUUCGGGAGUAAUACUCUCCAGUCUUUGAUUCAGUGGCUCAAGAUCAGCUGGAGAGGAAAGCACUGUUCUGUUCUGAGUUGUUUUAGUAAUUAGUGCAUUUGAAAUUUCUAAGCAGAGAUUGGUUUA